UCUUUCCUUCCCCCUGCUUCCCGGAGACUCCCGAUGGGCCUCCAAGCGGCUGGGCAGCAGCUCUCGAGCACCGAGCCGCCGGCUGCGCGGGCGGCAUGGAGCGGCGAAGCCGGGGGCUCCUGCUGGCUUUCGUGCUCCUGGCCACGGCGGCGCCUGAAGGCGGCGCGCAGUAUGAGAAGUACAGCUUUCGCGGCUUCCCCGAAGCCGAGCUGAUGCCUCUGCAGAGCGCCUACGCGUACGCGCUAGAGCAGUACGAGGCCGAGAACUGGCGGGAGAGCGUCCGCUACCUGGAGGCGAGCCUGCGCCUCCAUCGCCUGCUCCGGGACAGCGAGGCGCACUGCCACAAGGAGUGCGCCGGCAGCGAGAAGUUUGGAGAGGGUGCUGUUUUUGGAGAGCCUGCAGAGGGCGUCCAGGGAGCCUCGGCGCAUGGAGAAGAGGCGAAAGGCGCCGCCGCUGCUGCGCUUGGCGAGGGCGCACGGCCCGGCGCGGACUUUGGAGAGCCGGCCGGGGGCGCGGCGGAUGAGUGGCGCCGGGAGAUGGAGCUUUUCGGGCUCGUCCUGCAGCGCGCCUCGUGCCUGCGGAGGUGCAAGCGCAGCCUGCCCGCCUUCCAGCUCAGCUACCCGCCCGCAGACACCCUGCGCGACUUCCAGCGCCGCACUCCUUACCAGUACUUGCACUACGCGCUCUUCAAGGCAAAUAAGAUUGAAAAAGCUGUGUCGGCUGCGCAUACGUUCCUGCAGAAGAACCCCAAGCACGAGAUGACCCAAAAGUACAUGAACUAUUACAAAACUAUGGUUGAUGUGGACGAAUACCUCAUAGACUUGGAAGCACAGCCCUAUGAGACUGUUUUUGUGCGAGCGGUGAAACUUUACAACGCUGGAGAUUUCCGGAGCAGCAUUGCUGACAUGGAGCACGCCCUGUCUCAGUACUACAAGGCCUACGAAAGCUGCUUGACUGGCUGCGAAGGCAGCUACGAACUCCGUGAAUUUAAGGAUUUCUACCCCGCCAUUGCAGAUCACUUUGUCGAUGUCCUGCAGUGCAAAGUAGACUGCGAAACCGACUUGAUCCCAAAUGUAGGCGGCUACUUUGUGGAGAAGUUUGUGGCCACGAUGUAUCACUACCUUCAGUUCGCGUACUACAAGUUGAAUGAUAUCAAGAAUGCCGUGCAGAGUGUGGCCAGCUAUAUGCUCUUUGACCCUGGGGACGAGGUCAUGCAGCAGAAUCUGGUCUAUUACCGCUUCUAUCGUGAGCGGUGGCACCUGGAGGAAGACGACUUCCACCCACGGCCGGAGGCCUUGCGCUAUCACAACCAGACAUCUGCGCAGAAGAAGCUGUUGGAGUUUGCCAGGCAGUAUCUCCAGCCAGACGAUGAGGCGGAGGUGAACGGUGGUGAGGAGAAAGCAAAGGAUCCGGCUUUGCCAUCAGAUACCGAGUUUGAGGGGAUGGGUGACUACGAAGAAGGAUUUUUGUCCCAGUGGUGGCAGGAGCCGAAAUCGAAAGGCGACAGGGCUGACCAAGAGACAGAGGGGCUCGAAUGAGCGGUGUGGUCCCUACAUCCUCUGUAGGUGAGGGGUGUGUGUUCUGAUUCCUUGCGCCCACCAGGGUUGAAGUGGGCUGUCUGGAACCGGCAGAUGUGCCCCUGAUGGUGUUUCAACAAAAUCCCUGCCUUGGGAACCUCACCCUCCAGGCCCUUGUUUAAGAUUCUUCCAAGGCUGGGGGGGUGUUUCUACCUCCCAGUACCUCCUGCAUAGAACUUUCCAGUCCACCCCAAACGCAACUGGGGUGCCUCUGAGCCAAUCCAAGAUGCUGUGUUUUGUCCCAUGGUGCUUCGCUUCUAGGAGAGCCCUGCUUUGUAACAAACUUCCAUGCAAAAGUGGCAGAGGUGACCGGCACAGCGCCUGCUUCUGAUUUCAUCCUGGGCUCUGCCAGUGUGACCUCAGAUAUGCUGGGAGCCAGUGACUUUGGCUAUUCGGGCAAACGCACACACACACACACACACACACACACACACACACACACGGUAGUGAUCUAUGCAACUGGUUUUUUUUAGUGCCACUGAUUUCCCAACGGGACCAAAUGUAAGCCAUUGACCCUUUCCUCACAGAACAUUGGCUCUCUUAAGAACCAGGCUCCCAGCAUGCAUUGCUCUGGUUUUGCCUGGUACUGACUGUUCGGACAUGUCAGCUCCCUUCUGACAUGGUUCUAAAACAGAGCGAUAGGUACGUUCAAAUUGGCUUGUCAAGUGCCUUUUUAAACCUCACAGAGUUGCCUUUGUAAUGUUGUUGUCAAUUAAUUUAAUUUGUUUUGUUUUUCCUUGCAUUGUACAGAUUUCUUUUUGUUACAAUUUUAGCUGGAUUUUAAUAAAAUACCUCCCAGUUCUUUCAUGA